AGUAGUCAACUCGAAACCCUGACGGCUGAAAGAAACGAGCUGCGCAGUCGCCUCGAGAACGCGGAGUCCCGUCUACGAAUUUCAGCGCAGGAGAAGCUCGCUAUUACUCGCUCGUAUGAGCAGCUUCGAGCACGUUUGGCCGCUCGCCGUCAGAAGUUGUCUUCUUCUGGAGAGACGACACCACGACCGUCGUCAGCGACUAUCUCGGAAGAUGAUGUGUCGGAAGGCUAUCGACAGGUAGAAGAACCUGUGCCUCCAGCACCUCGGGCGUAUGCUCCUCAACAGGCGGCCGAAAAAGACGUGAUUCGACGGCGGUCAGGACAUCAUUAA